CCUGCAGCACAAAUCGAAAUCAUUCCAUGUAAAAUCUGCGGAGACAAAUCCUCUGGGAUCCAUUAUGGAGUCAUAACCUGUGAAGGCUGCAAGGGUUUCUUCAGGAGGAGCCAGCAGAACAGCAUCACCUACACCUGCUCCCGGCAGCAGAACUGCCCGAUCGACCGUGCCAGCCGCAAUCGGUGCCAGCACUGCCGGCUGCACAAGUGCCUCGAGCUGGGCAUGUCCCGGGAUGCUGUCAAGUUUGGGCGUAUGUCAAAGAAGCAGAGAGACAGCCUGCACGCUGAGGUACAGAAGCACCGGAUGCAGCAGCAGCAACCAGGCAAGGCCGAGGCUGCGGUUCAGGCCUACGCCCCCGCUGCUUCCGCCCAGGGACCGGCCAAGCCCGCCCAGGACCCCUUCCCCACCCGGCACAGCCCCGGCACCGGCAAGCCGGGGCUUGGGGGUCAGGGCUGCUGCCCCGCGGAAGCAGGAUCCUCCCCGGGUCAGCAGGGGCUACAGCUGAGUGACAUGAAGCACCGUCCCCUCGCCCCGAACCCGGGGGCCGGGGACUUCAUCCUGAGGCCCAGCUUCGCCCGGCUCCACGGCUCAGCACCACCGUCCGGCACUCAGCUCGAUCACGUGAUACAGAACAUUGUGAAGUCACACCGGGAGACAUGCCAAUUCCUACCUGAGCAGCUCCAGACCCUGCGCUGGAAGAUAUUCUCACAGACCGAGGUUGAAGCCUACCAGAGGAAGUCCACGGAGGAGAUGUGGCAGAAGUGCGCCCACAGUAUCACGGAUGCCAUCCAGUACGUGGUGGAGUUCGCCAAGCGGAUCGAGGGAUUCAUGGAGCUGUGUCAGAAUGACCAGAUCGUGCUACUCAAAGCGGGCUCCCUGGAGGUGGUGCUUUUGCGAAUGUGCCAAGCUUUUAAUCCCGGCAACAACACAGUCUUCUUCGAGGGGAAGUACGCGGGGCCUGAGCUCUUCCACGCUCUAGGCUGUGAAGAUUUGACCAGCUCUGUGUUUGAGUUUUCACACGGCAUGUGUUCACUGCGCCUCUCUGAACCGGAGCUGGCACUCUUCUCUGCAAUGGUGCUCAUAUCCUCAGACCGGAUGUGGCUCCAGGAGAGGUACAAAGUGGAGAAGCUGCAGACCGAUAUCCAGCUGGCGCUGAAACACGUCCUCCAGAGGAACCGCCAUGACACCGUGCUGGCCAAGCUGCCGCUGAAAGUGAUGUCCCUGCGGAGUCUGUGCGGGAGACAUGCCGAGAAACUGAGGAUCUUCUGUCUCACCCACCCGCUGGUCGCCCACUCCAUCUUCCCCCCCCUCUACAAGGAACUCUUCACCUUGGAGUCCGAGCACUCCGCACCCUUUGACCUGUAACUCCCACCCUCCCUCAGC